AUGGAGCCUUCUUCCUUUGGGCCCGCCGACUUCACGGUCGAACCUGAUCUACAACCUCUCUACCCCACACCCGCCCAGAUCUCGGAUCUGCUCUCGCCAAACGUCGGUCUCGCUCCCUCGCAGAAGGGGGAACUUGUUACGCACUGCCUGCUUCGCGCAUGCGUCUUCGCCGAGCUCUCGCUACUCUCCUUUCUCCUUACGGACCCUCAGUCUCAGCAGUUCGUCGACCUCUCAAGGCAGGAUGAAGACGGUCUGGGCCUAAUCAGCGUAGCUAUCCUCGGCUUUGGUUCUGAGUCCGAACGAGAUAUUGAGCGCGAGGAGUGCGUCAGAUUACUGGUGUCUGAGGGGUGCGAUGUGAACAUACCAGAUGAAAGUGGCUGGACAGCACUCCAUUAUGCAUCCUUGUUCUCCCCUCCAAGUCUUGUCUCGUACCUGCUCACACAUGGAUCCUCAUCUCUUGCCAUUACAAGACGGCAGCUUACCGCCUUGGACAUUGUCACUGCACACACCACUAUGCCGGGCAGGGAAGAUGUCGCGUUGCUACUUGAGGAAGCUAUGCGAGAAGCGGGAUGGAAGGGCGGGCGGAUGGAGGAGCAACGAAGACUUCUUGAUAAGCGUAUGCGACGCAUAAACAAGAAGAAGGGCAUUCAAGGGGAUAUCCAGAAAGUGCUCGGCAUCCACUCAAAGUGGUGGGGUUCGGAGGACAUAUUGCAAUCCCAGGACACCGAAGAUGAGAGCGAAGACGAAGCUCCGACAGACGCACAGCUUACUCCUCCGUCAGAUUUCUCGUCGAUGCUUGUCUUCUCGCCCACGGCUUUACCAGACAUAUUUCAAUCCUUGAUCACCGACUUCGUCCCGGCACAUCGCAAUUCAGAGCCCGCAAAUGUCCUCUACAUGCUUUCACGAUUUGCUUGCUUGAAUUGCGAUGACAACUGGAUCGAAGACCUGAUCAUUGGGGCCACCGAUGCCAUCGAAGACGUAUUCUUUAGCCAUGCAGAAGACCCUACUUAUCUGGUUUUCUGGUUGUACAACACAACAGUUUGGCUGCAUCUCAUGCGGUGUGACAAUGCGAUCAAUCAAGUCUGCGAACAACUGGGAUCACUGUCUCUCAUUGAGGAGAUUCUCAACUCGGUUUUCGUAUUCGUAAUUCGAUUCGCUGAGCGGAGGAUAGACCAACUGCUUGACGCAGCAUUGCUGGAUUAUUCGCCACUAUCAAGUGAAUUCGAUGCCAUCCAGUUUGAAGGAGAGUGGUCGUUCCUAAAGUCCUUUGGAGGCGGCAAGAAGAAGGCCAACGGAGCUCCUUCGAAUGCGAGUACUGUACGAGGGUCGACACCUAUGUCACCAACGCAGGCCAGCAGACCACCGUCCCCUUCAGCGCACCCUCCAACAUCAACCUCACCUAGCGUUCGAGGGUUUGCUUCGAUAAGGCAGACGUUCUCUCGCACUCGCGGUACCUCAUCAUCUACUCCUCUCCAAGGCCUGUUCUCCGAGGUUCAACAACCUCUAUCAACUUCUCCGAAGGAUAUUUUAAACUUUAUAACUGCGCUGCAGACAAUGCUCGCUUUGUCAGGAUUCUGGUCACAGGUGAUGUACUGGACGGCUUGCGAACUGUUCAAUCGCGUGCUUACACGGAAGAAAUAUAUCUGUCGAUCUCGAGCUGUGCAGAUCAGCGCAAACCUUGGAUGCCUGUCUUCCAUCACUGAGUUCCCGAGCCUCAUCGCGACUAUCCAGACCAUGAAACAUCUGAACCCAUUGCAGAUGCGCCGGGCUGUGCGAGAUUACAAGUACGAGGUCAACGAAGGAAGGAUGACAGAAGAGUGCAACCAGUAUCUUCAGCAGCUACAGAAGGACUGGGAGCGACAUCGUGUCAAGAUGGGUGUUGAGCAGUUGCGCAAAGAAAUCGGCGAACGGGACCGGGACCGAGAGGGGAGCGUCAGCGCGUCGCCGUCUCUCCACGAAGCUACAAGCUCCGAACCGGAUAUGGAUAGCUCAUUCGAAGCAUCGGCGGCGCAGCGCUCAAUAGAUGCGCUCUUCGACCGGUCCGUUGAGAAGCUACUGUGGGAGCCAGCGAAAGCGCCAGAUCCGCUGGGCGAGCUUCUCGACUCCCGGUACAUGCUUCCGUUGCUGCUUCCUUCGGAUCCUCGGAUGCUAGGCGCACUCCCUAUGAAGCCUGCAAGCCUCGAGGACAUGAAUGACAAGCGCCACAACAGCCGCCUCAGCGUCGACAAUGGCUCCAGUCGGAGCACGAGUCGCGCCAGCUUCGGCAACCGUGGUGCAAUGCGCUGGCGGUUCAGCAAACGGCUCCGCGACAUCGACCCGACAGCGCUGCAGUGGGUCGACGGCAGCCGCGCGGCGGCACGGUGGACGCGCCCAAUAGAGCCGGACCCAGACGAAGAGGAUGCGGAGAUACCGCCCCCGUACUCGUCGGAAGACCGAAGGGCGGAUGAGGAGGACGAGGAAGGCGAUGGAACGCUGAGGAUCGACACGGGAGCACAUCUGACGGUGCUCACUCGUGCGCCUUCGGCGCGCAGUCGAGGAAGGGCGAGCAUGGCGGGGCUUUCUCCAGGCGGAACACCAAUAGAAAGAAGAGAUUCAUUGGUUAUGGCGCAGUGA